CCUCACUCACCCUCACCUUCACCCUCCAAGCUUAAGCAUAAGCUAACAAGCUCAUUCACUCCUUCGACCAACAGAAACUCACCUCCUUUCAAUUCUCUCAUCAAUAACUUCUCAACAGCACACCCGAAUUUCUGCAAAUAUGAAGUCAAUCUCUCUCGCCCUCACUAUGCUCUUGAGCAGCACUCUUGCCGCCCCUGCAGACACUACCUAUGCUGCGUUGGCUGCUCGCGAAGAAGCUGAAUCCUCGAACGGCUUUAUUGGCGGCGGACUAGGCCCCCGCGACGGUUCAAAGCAAGCUGAACACGCUUCACCAGCUGUCGUGUCGACCGAGUUGGAGCAGGCUGUCGACUUGGGCAGCCUCGCAGCCGUCCUUCAGUUUUUGCAAAACUCUGGCGGGGUUUCGAAGCGAGAGAGUUCGGAACAGACUGAGCAGACUGAGCAGGCUCUGAAGAUUGAUCUUCUCAACAGUGUCAAUGGCAAGCCUCGCGGCGGACUCCUUGGCGGCCAGCUCAUCCCCGGCGUGCUAAAGCGAGGGGAGGCCGUACAAUUUCCGGAACUCACUGUCGCCCAAGUCCAGGCUAUAAUUGCGGCCCUCAGGAACGCUGGGCUCCCAGCUAAGCAAAAGUUCACGCUUGAAGAGCGCGAGGAGACCCUUCACAGCCUGGGCGGUCUGGUAUCCCUGGACGACCUACCACUUGUUGGCGAAGUUGCGGGAAAGCUUGACGUCAAGACUGGCCUUGACUCACUGUCUAAGCGCGAGGAUGCCGGCCUCAUCAGCGGAGCCCUUGGUCUCGCGGGUGGUCUCUUGAAUGGCGUACUCGGCCUUGCCGACGGCAUCCUUGGCGGUCUUACCAAGACUGGCCCCAAUACUGCCACUGUAGACCCUGUUAAGGUCCUCGGAGGACUUACUGGUACAAUCACAUCUGGCAACCUGGGUAGCGUGGGAAGUCAGGCUGGUCUGAGUGCCUUGAAUGCUUUGGGCGGCCUUAAGGGAUUGAUCAAGGGAUUGGGCUCUCUUAGUGCCUUCAAGGAUCUCAACCUCAAGCGCGAUGAGACCGCGGUUGCCGGCGGCGCCCUCGGUGCUAUGAGCCAGCUGGUUGCGUUGACUGCAGCUCAUAUCCCCGAGUUGCAGGCAGCCAACGCGAAGUUCGCAGAGGCUUGCGCUGAGAUCCAGGCCAUCGCUGAGGCCAAGGCUCUUGCCGAGCCCUCCGAGGAGACUGACAAGUCCCAAUGAAGAGAAAGCCAAGCUAUCUAGCAUUGAAUUGUGGAAGGAAUUGGAAACGCGAAUCUUUGGCGAUCUCUCAGUCGGUUCUAGCAACAGACUGGAGACUCUUUUUGGAAUCAGCAAUUUUGGAAUUAGGAGUGCGUAGCCUUUGAUGUGUAGUUGUUGUUAAGAGUUGAACGGAAUUCUUUUAUCUUGCAAAUCAAUUGCGUUUGCCGCAUGUGAUGCCAUCAUCGAUACGCCCCG